CUAAGUAUGAAGACUGCUUCUACAAACAUUUGGGAAAGAAUGGGUCGCUCUCAGAAGCCCAGUGAAUUCAAGCAUGGUAUCAUGAUAGGUUGCCACCUGUGCAAUAGGUCCAUCCGUGAAAUUUCCUUGCUACUAAAUAUUCAACGCUCAACUGUUAGUGGUAUUAUAACAAAGUGGAAGCAACUGGGAACAACAGUAACAAACCACACUGCCAAUGGACUCUAGAGCAGUGGAGGCGUGUUCUCUGGAGUGCUGAAUCACACUUCUCUGUCUGGCAAUCCGAUGAAUGUGUCUGGGUUUGGCAGUUGCCAGGAGAAGGGUACUUGCAUGACUGCAUUGUGCCAAGUGUAA